GAGACCGUCUUCACCCUCGAGGAGGUGCAGAAGAUCCUGCCGCACCGCUACCCCUUCGCGCUCGUCGACAAGGUCGUCGCCUACGAGCCCGGCGAGUCCGCCGUCGGGAUCAAGCAGAUCACGUUCAACGAGCCGCAGUUCGGCGGCCACUUCCCCGACCGGCCGAUCAUGCCCGGCGUCAUGCAGAUCGAGGCCCUCGCGCAGCUCGCGGGCGUCGUCUGCCUCCAGAUGGAGGGCGCCGAGCCCGGCGCCGUCUUCUUCUUCGCCGGCGUCGACGGCGUCAAGUGGAAGCGGCCCGUCGUGCCGGGCGACACGCUCGUCAUGGAGGUCGAGAUCACGAACUGGAAGGCCAAGUUCGGCAUCGCCAAGGCCACGGGCCGCGCCUACGUCGACGGCAACCUCGCCGUCGAGGUGGGGGCCAUGACCUUCGCCCUCGCCAAG